AUGCACCUGAUGGGACGCGAAGGGGCCGAGACGGGGAGGCACGGAGGGGAAAACGACGAAGCGGAGGCGAAAGGAAGCGAGGGGGCCGCUGGGAAUGGGAACGAACGCACGGGGGAUAUUGUGGGAAUCGCAGGGGACGGUAGUGCGGAUGGAAAUGAAAGGGCUGUAAGGGAUGAGAAGCAAGGAGAGGCGAGGGAGGAGAGAAGAGAGGCGGGCGGGGAGAAGUUGGUGGAGCAAAGAGUUGAACAGGAUAACCCGGCUGCGUUGACUAAUGAGGGUGUAUUGAAUAUUGAAGGAGGCUCUUGUAGCAGUAGGGAGGGCUCUUUGCAUAGUAGAGACAGCUCGAUUGAUAGUUUGCAUGGGGACGAUGCUGUGCGAGGCGAUGCACAAGGGAAGGCGAAAGGGAAGGGCCAUGUAGGUGGAAAGGCAAAGGGGCAGAGGGGUAGGGGAGAAGCAGCAGCAGCGGCAGCAGCAGCAGCAGCAAGAGGAAGAGGGGGAGGGGGAGGCAGUACGGUUGACGAUAGCGAUAGUGACAGUGUGGAGAGUGGGUUUCGUGGCGGGGUGAUUAGCAGCAGGGGCAGAGGCGCGAAGGGAAAGGGGAAUGCAGGCGGGGCAGCGAAGGGGCAGAAGGCCAGGGGAGAUGCCGCAGCAGCAGCAGGAGGGAGAGGAGGAGGAAGUACGGUUGACGAUAGCGAUAGUGAUAGUGUGGAGAGCGGGUUUUGCGGUGGGGGGGUGAUCAGCAGCAGGGGCAGGGGCGCUCGCAGAUACAGCUCUGGUGCUGUUGCUUCUGGUAGUGGUGGUGGUGGUGGUGGUGGGGGUGAUGAUGAUAGCGAUAGUGACAGUGACGAGAGCACAGCAGGAAGCAAGCCGGUUGAGGGGGGAGGAGGGGAGGGAGUGGGAGAAGAGGAGGAGGGAGAAGGGGGAGGGAGCGGCGGGGAGUCAAGUAGAUCUGACAGGGGAGGAAGGGUGAGCGGCGGACGAGGUGGGGGAGGGUGGGGGGGUAACCCCUUGUGGCGCGAGGCCUAUGAGGGGGAAAGUUCCGCUGCUGGUGCUGCUGCUGGUGGUGCUGGUGGUGCUGGUGGUGCUGGUGCUGGUGCUGGUGCUGGUGCUGGUGCUGGUGCUGGUGCUGGUGGUGGUCGUGGUGGUGCGUCUACUGCUGCCGCUGCUGGUGGUGGGGAGAGAGGAAGGGGGAGUGGAAGGCAAAACGGUGGAUGGGAGAGAGGGCGUGAGUGGGGAGGCAGCGGGGGAGGGAGGGAUGACACGAGUAGUGCGGCUGUUGGUGGUGCUGGUGGUGGGGGACAGGGGCGCAUGAAGAUGGGAAUGGGGGGAGGGAUGGAGGGAGGAAAGGCGAGGAGGAGGAUAGACGGGCAGCACCAGUUCAUGAAGGGCAUUAUGAGGGAGGAGGGAGCAGGGGCAGGAAGGGGAGACAGGGAGGGAGAAAGAGCGGGUUCGGAAAGGGGAGAUAGGGCAGGAGAAGGAGCAGCGAGAGGGGGGCAAGGGGUGAAAGGAGGAGCGAAGAAGGAGCAGCAGGAGGUUGGUGCGGGGGAGGGGGGGAGAGGGGGGGUGAACUCAGGGAAGGAUGGGGAGCGAAGGGCAGGGAGGCACCAGCACCAGCAGCAGCAGCAGGGGCAGCAGAGAGGGGAGCGUGGUGAUAAGCAUGGGAAGGGCAAGGAGAGGGAAACGGCUCCUGUGGAAGACUUGGAGGAAGGGACGGGGGAGACGGGCCUAGGGGAUGAGUGGGGGAGGGGAGGAGGGAGGGGUAGCAGGGAGGAAAGGAGAGAAGUGGAGUGGAGGCGAGGGAACAGUAGGGGGCAAGGAGGAGGUGGUGGAGGGGGCAGCAGGCAGGAAAGGUUUGAGGGGAGUGAGCGGGAGAGGAGUGGGGGGAGGAAGAGUGGGGAGGAGAGGCGUGGUGAAGAGAAGCGUGGGGAGGUGAGGCGUGGGGAGGAGAGGCGUGGGGAAGAGAGACCCAGGGGGGGGGUCGAGCUAAGGACUGCAGCAGAGAAGGGGGAUGGGCCUGGUAGCAGCGGUGAUGGCAGCACUGGCAUGGUUGGAAGAGAGGGUGGGAGGAGAAGGGUGAGUGGGCUGGGAGGCGGUAACCGCCUUCUAGACGCAGCUUUUGCUCCCAUGCUAGGUGGUUUCCACCCCGGUGGCGCUCAGGCUCAGCCUGGUGGUUUCCACCCGGGGAGCUCUCCUUCUGGAGGCUUGAACCAGGGGAGGUUCCAUGCAGGAGCAGGCCGAGGUGCAGGCAGGGGGGGCAGGGGUGCUGGCGUGGGGGGCAGGGCUCGAGGCACUGGGGUUGCUGGGGGGGGUGUAGAGGGGAGUGCAGGGGGGGGUAUGGUGGGUGUGGCUGCAGUGACAGCAGAUAGGCCUGCACAGACUGAUGGACAGCUAGAGCAAGCACUUGGGGCGAGGACUGGUGAUGCGAGCAAGGAGAAGGGGAAAGGAGGAGUGGGGAGCGGUCCGUUUCUGUUCGGUGCUGCAGGAACAGCAGGAGCUGCAGCAGGAGCAGCAGCAGGUGCCACCACUGCGGUUCAUGCCGCCCCUACCACCACCACCACCACCACCCCGCCUGCUGCUGCAAGGGGUAGCAAGAUUCAAGUGCACGGAAUCAGCACAAGUGGGACUCCACAACAUGCAACCCCCAUUCCAGCCCAUGCCCCUGAUCCUGCCGUCGGUACCCCUGAGGCUCCUGAACGCAUGGCUGCUCCCUGUCCUGCUGCUGUCCCCGCCCAUGCACCUGGUCGUAACCCUGCGAGCCCUGCUCCCGACCCUGCUCCUGCUGUCCCUGCUCCUGCUCACCCUGCUCCUACUCCUGCUCCCCAUGACGCCUUGAACCAGCCUAGUCCCGCCCCUGGCUCUGGUGACGUGGCAGCAUUGGGUUUGGCUCUUCAAGAGGGCCUAGCCUCGCCCUGUGGGCUGAGCUGGGCGGAUAUGGUGGACGAGGAUGAGGCGAAUGGGGAGGGUGGGAGGAGAAAAGGGGAUGGGAUUCUGGAAACGAAGGGAGAGCUGCUAGGAGCGGUGGAUCGCACACUCCCUGCUCCCCCCCACUCAUCUCCCCCUAUCCUUGCGUCCCUUUCCCCCCAACGCCCUUUCCCUCCACCUCUUCCCCCCUUCUCCCUUCUCCCCCUUUCACCUCCCCCUUCUCCCCACUCUCCCAGAGCAUCUAGAAGCGGUGGAUCGCACAAGCUGCUAGAAGCAGUGGAUCGCACAGUGAGUGUGGCGGCACGCAAUGAGGAUUCAGCUCUGGAGGAGCAGCUAGCAGCACUGGAGCCUGUGGGAGUGCGCAAGACACCAGCAGCAAGGGAAAAGGGCAAGCUAGACCGGUCGAAAUCGAAGCCAACCUCUAGUAGAGCCACUAACGGGGCAGCUCUUAAAGGAUCCAUCAGCGCUCCAUCCCUAGACGAGCCUGGAAGCUCCUCCGAAACAGAGGGAAAGACAGCAGGCACAGCAAGUGUUCGAGUGGGGGGGAAGGGUGCAGGGGGAAGCAGGAGAAAGAAGGUCGAGGCGAGCUCUAGUGGAGGGUCGACUGGUGGAGGUUCAAGUGGUGGAGGUUCAACUGGUGGGGGAUCAGCUACAGGAGGAACGACCGGUGGGGGGUUAACUGGAGGAGGUGCGACUAUGACUGUUGGGAGCUUAAUUGCUGGUGCGGGGUCAGACGUUCUUCUUGCGGAGGCUAAAGCUGCUGUGCCCCUUUCAGUUUCAGCAGCUGCAGGAACCACUGACGCAGCUGCAGGGAAGAGGGGGCCGGGUGCGGAAGCAGGAGCAGAGGAAGGAGCAGCAGCAGGAGCAGCUGGAGGGGCAGGGGGAGGAGAAGCAAGGGGAGCAACAGGAGGAGAAGCAACAGGAGGAGUAGCAGUGGCAGCAGGGAAUGCGGACGUGAGGUCAGAUGCUAGUAAAGCUGCUGCUGCUGUUGCUACUGCUGCUGCCACGCCCGCAGAGAGCGGGCCAGGUUUGGAUGGCCCAGGUUCCGGCCUAGAUGCAGGUUCGGCACCUGGCACGACAGCUGGUUCGGCAGCUGGGUCGGAUGCUGGCUUGAGCAGUGGUUUGGGGAUUGAGGCAGUGACAGGUUCGGAUGCUGUAAACACUGGGAUUGCAACAGAUACAGGAGGGGCAGGGGGGGCAGGAGGGAGCGAAGGAAUGGGCGAAGGAGGGGUAGGGAGCGAAGGAGGGAGUGACAUGCCUGCACAGCAGAGUAAGGUCACAGAGAGGGGAGGGUGUGAGGGAGAGAAGCAAGAUGCUGCAGUGGAUGAGGAGUUUUCAGUGGCAGCUGAAGGCGGGGCGCUAAUAACAGGAGGUCAAUCGGCAGGGGAAAUGGGAUCAGGAUCAGAAGAGGGGGUGAGGAGUGGGAGAAAGGUAGAGUUAGGAGGAAGUGAAGUAGGAGUGGGGGAAGGGGCCGGUAGCAAGGAGGGGGUGGAAGGUGAAAUGGGAAGUGAUCAUAACGGGAGGGGGGAAGGGGUGGAGAACGGUGUAAAGGCUGAGGCUGGGGUUGGUGUUGGGAUUGCUGGCACGGAUGUGACAAAGAGAGAGGGAAUAGGAGGUGAUGGUAUGGAGGGAAUGGCGGGAGGGGUUAGAGAGGGGAGGUUAGAGAAUGGGGGAAACGAAGAGGAUGGGGAAGGGGGGAGGAGAGUAGGGGAGAAAGGGGGGGGAGAAAUGGAGGAGGGAGGCGGAGUGGAAGAAGCAGAGGGAGAAGAGGAUGGAGGGGAAGGAGAGGAGGAGGAAGAAGAAGAAGGCGAGGAGGAAGGGGAGGAGGAAGGGGGUGAGGAGGAGGAAGAGGAGGAGGAAGCGGAGGAGGAGGGAGUGGAGAGGGAGAGGAAGACGAGAGAGAAAGUGCUAAAAGCAUCAGAGACUCGGAGGGAUCUCGAGGAGGCCAAGGGACUGCUUCGAUCAGCUACAGGCAUUGGGCAAACCAAGGAGGCCAGGCUUACACGGAUCUGUGCACAGCUGUCGGCGCGGCUGCAGGAGUAUAAGGCGGAGAACGAGCAGCUGGAGGAGCUGCUGCAUGAGGAGAGGAACAACCGUGGGUCAGUGGAUAGUGUGGUGAGAGCAUUACAGCAGCAAUUGGCCAGUGCACGGGCAGAGGCAGUGGCAGCAGAAGGAGCAGUGGCAGCAGGGAUGGAAGCUAAGAACAGGGAGAUAGAGGCGCUGUGUGGAGCGCUGGAGGAUGCUGAAAGGCAUUCCGCUGCUCUCCAAGCCAAGCUUGCCUCCCUGCAGGCGAGUUCAGAGGCACUGUCCAAGAACCGGGACUCCACAGAGGCGCGCAUGAUCCAGGCGCUCCGGGAGGAGCUGGGUGCUGCUGAGAGGCGGUGCGACGACGAGCACGCAGCGCACCUCGCGACAAGACAGGAAGCAGCAGCACGCGAGCUUGCGUUAGAGCAGCAAGUGGCCGAGGGGGUGGCGGCGCUUUCUCGCAUGCAGAGGGCAGUGGAGGAGCGCACACAGCGCGUGUCGUCCCUGGAAGAGAAGAUUUCCGUCCUGGAGAUGGAGUGCAGCAGUCUCAACAGCGAGUUACAGGCACACGACGACAAGGCCAAGAGGGACCUCCGGCGGCCAGUCUCAGCAGACGACCCCUCCGCCCUUGCCCAGGUGCAGGCAUGGAAGGAGGAGUCGGAGCGAGCGAGGCAGCUGCUGCGAGAGGCAGAGGGGAAGCUGGCAGGCAGCGAGGCAGAGGUGCAGAAGCUGAGGGUGGAGGUGGAGGCGCACAAGAGGGACACAGAUUCAUCCUCGUUACAGGCCAAUGCAGAAAUGGAGAAGCGGUUUAAGGAGUUGACAGAGCUGCUGUGCCUGAAGCAGAGUCAACUGGAAACAAUGACAAGUGAGAGGCAGGCAGCGAUGCUGCAACUGGAGAAGGAGAGAAGAGAGCUGCAGUUGGCCAAGGCGCAGGCAGAGAGGGACAGAGCAGCACGCCGGUCGAUACUGAUGGCAGCUGACGAGGAGGACAGCGAGAUGCAGCCGCUGGAGUCUGUGGGUCUCCCGAAUCGGCGCUUCAUUGGCAAGAGGAUUCAGCAAGCAGCGAAGCUCAUCGAUCACGGCACAGUGACUGCCGGCCGCUUCCUUUGGCGCCGCCCACUCGCCCGCCUUGGACUUGUCUGCUACCUGGUCUUCGUUCAUCUAUUUCUCAUGUACCUACUGCACAGAUUGCAGGAGCAAGCAGACGAGCUUCUGGACAAGAACCAAGUGUAUUUGGCUGCAGAAGCGGCUGCAGGAAUUAAGGAUUAUGGAGACGUCUCAAAACCCUCCGUCUCUCUCCCCACUCUCCCCCCACCGCUUCCCUCUCCUCUCCUUCCCCCACCAGGAGCAAGCGGACGAGCUUCUGAACAAGGACCAGGAGCAAGCGGACGAGUUGCUGAACAAGGACCAGGUGUACCUGGCUGCAGAGGCAGCAGCAGGGAUUGGAGAGAUGACCCAUUCACUCCCAACCGCCUCCCCAACCCCUCCACACAGGAGCAAGCGGACGAGUUGCUGAACAAGGACCAGGUGUACCUGGCUGCAGAGGCAGCAGCAGGGAUUGUGAAGCCUCACCCUGCUCGCCGCUAG